CGGAAUCUCUCGCGAUAAUUUACUCUUGGACUAGACGUGUUUUGGAGCUAAUCUGCUGCAGCGGCUGUCCGAGCUCGGUUGGUGGUAGAAGUAGAGCACGGUGAACAGAAACAAGUAACCUGACCUCGGAUUGGAGCAUCAUGUCAGUAUUAAGUGGAAAGGUCCAGACCGUCCUGGGUCUUGUGGAUCCAGACCAGUUGGGCCGCACCAUGACCCACGAGCACCUGGUCAUGAGCUUUGAGUGCAGCUACACCGCACCUCCACCUGGUGACGAGGCCGUGGCAGAAAACCCGUUCCAGAUGCAGCACAUGCACUGGCUCCGGCAGCACCCGUACAGCUGCAGGGAGAACUUGUUCCUGUCGCAGGAGCUAAGCGCCCUGCGGGAUGAGCUGCUGGCCUACAGGAAGGCCGGCGGGGGCACGAUAGUGGAGAACACCACGACGGGCAUCGACCGGGACCUGCCUGCCCUACGACAGCUGGCCAAGGACACCGGGGUCCACAUCAUUGCAGGGGCGGGGUACUACAUAGACUGCACCCACACUGAGGCCACCAAGAAAAUGAGUGUGGAGAAGCUCACGGAUAACAUCGUCAGCGAGGUGCUCCACGGCACUGAUGGCACAGACAUCCGAUGCGGCGUGAUCGGUGAGAUCGGCACCGGCUGGCCCAUCACGGAGAGCGAGAAGAAGGUGUUGAGAGCCACGGCCCAUGCUCAGUCUCAGCUGGGUUGCCCGGUUAUCAUCCAUCCUGGCAGGGACCCGGCCGCUCCAGCUGAGAUCAUCCGGAUUCUCCAGGAAGCCGGCGGUGACAUUAGCAAAACUGUCAUGUCUCACCUGGACAGGACUAUAUUUGAUGAAGGAGAGCUGCUUGAGUUUGCAAAUAUGGGGAGUUACCUGGAGUACGACCUGUUCGGAACGGAAAUGCUGAAUUACCCGUUUAACCUAAAAGUGGACAUGCCCAGCGACAGCCAGAGAGUGAGAAUCUUGGCUUUUCUAGUGAAGGAGGGCUACGAGGACAAGGUACUGAUGGCCCACGACAUCCACACCAAGAACCGUCUGACCAAGUUUGGUGGCCACGGCUACUCCCAUAUCCUCAAGAACAUCGUGCCAAAGAUGCUGACUAGAGGUAUCACUCAGCACCAGGUGGACAAAAUCCUAAUCGACAACCCUAAACGCUGGCUGACCUUCAAAUAAAACAAACAAAAGAAUAAUGGAAGCUGAUUUGACAGAGCUGUGAUUUUAUUUUUUCAGUAUCACACAAUGAACA